AUGGAUGCCCUAGAUAUGGAGAACGUAAAGUUGAAACCCAGGCCAAGAAAGCCACGGAGGAGCCAGCCACUUCUACCCAUAGCGUUGCCUUCUGUUGCCCAAGGCCUAGAGCACCCCCCUAGAGCUGGUGGCGACUGUGAUGUGGCCCUCGCUCCUGCCACCCCUCCUCCUGCAAUCCAUGCUCCUGUCGGGCUCGCACCGGCGGCAUACGGGAUCUUCGAUCCCGACUAUCGAAUUAUUCCACCAGAAGAGCAAGCUAUUGGAGAGCGGCUGAGUAUUGUCGUGGAGGUACAGCCGUUCGUACUUCCGGGGUUUAAAACACUUUUGAGAGGGCUUAGGAUUGCAUAUGACGUGCAUGCAGACGGGGAAUGGCAUCAAGGGAUAGAACGAGUGGUUCUCCAUCAAGAGGCGAAGAGGGCGAACGAGAUCAAGCCGGAUUUGCUUCGACGUGUUGGUUGCUGGCUGCUCCCACGAGCCUAUGCUCUAAAGAGCAUUGAGAUACUGACAACCCCACUAGCCCCGAACGAUAACUACUAUUGGAUUCAGAUUAACAAUGUUAACCAUCCCCAUUUCAAUAUUGUCCAAAACUGCCAUCAUAACAGUGACGAAAUGAUGUUUCAUAUUAAGAUUAUAUUGAGGCAAAGUCUCAUUCUGUGUAUUGUGGCUGUCUACCUAAUCUUUAAGGAAGGUGUUGAAAUAUAUGCCUUACGGAAGUUGCUAAAUGAGGUGGCCGAAACAGUUGUAAAGAUAACUUUGGCGGUUUUUGCUGGCCUUGGAGCCAUUUACGGUGUCUUGGCAGGUAUGGCGUAG